CUCAAACUGUUAGUUUUGACAUGAGCGUAAACAUACCGAACUUUUGAAAUUUAGUUUACUUUUGUGAUUUCUUAAAAGUAUUGGCUAGUAAACGAGCGUAAAUAAACCUGUAAUCCAUUUAAUGGUGGUCUAACAAUAUAAAGAGCAACUACAAGUUUGAUUCCCUCCUAACUUAUCGCUGUUUAAAGUUUUGCCGGCAAAAUGGGUGAUUACCCAGAUCCUGACGAAGAAUAUGAGUUGAUGUACGCAGAUGAACUGGCAAUGUUAAGAGAAGAUGAGGACCAUGCAGAACCGAGUGUAGUGAAAAAGAAGCCUCUACCAGCUAAAAGAAGUCUUGACUUCUCCAGUCCAGUAGCCAAGAAGCCAGUUACAACAAAUUUAACAAACAAUGUACCUGAUGCUAUCACAAUCUCUGGUGCCACAGAGAGUACGGACAUCUCACUAACUCCCAACUUACAACCGUUAGAGGAAUUCACUCAAGUCUCCAAUAAGAGAACUGCUGAUGAACUGUUUGGGGAUAUUGAAGAUAUAGAUUUUAAUGAAGUAGAGUUACCUAGUAAAAGGCAGAAGACGGAAGAAGAGACUGAUUUAGAGUUAAUUGAGAAGAUUUUAGAAGGAAGAAGGUUGAGACAGAUUUUGCUGGAGCCCAGUGGCCGGCCAUUAGGUAGCCGGUCUAACUAUAAUGUUAAGGAUAAUAUGUCACUUGAUAUACCAAGGUGGCCAUUUGUAGCUCUCUCAAACUCUGAUGGUGAGCGAAUUUAUAUAAGGAUAGAAUCAGAGGACGAUUGGGAGAGCUCUCUGGAUAAAGGUAUGGAACAGAUGUCUCUACAUGCCUCCUAUGCUAGCACCUGGGAUGAAGCUCGGAAGAUUCUAGAAGAUAAGCAGCAGAAGUGUAUAUCUGAAGAAGUGGCUUCACAACCGUUACCUGACAUGGAUACUGACCUCAAUGGUAACAUGUUGUGGGUUGACAAGUACAGGCCGCAGUCAUACCUUGAGCUGUUGUCCGAUGAGCCUGUCAAUAGAGCCCUGCUGCAUUGGCUGCAUUUGUGGGAUAAGAUAGUAUUCAAGAAGGAAGUAAAGACCAGAGAACCACAGCAGCGUACGACAUUCAGCAAACGCGCUGGCCAGUUCCAGUUAACCAACAAGUGGAAAGGGAAGAAGGAAGAGGAACCAGAGCUGGAUGAAGAUGGCAGACCUCACCACAAGGUGGCGCUGCUGUGCGGACCGCCUGGGGUUGGGAAGACUACGCUAGCUCAUUUGUUAGCGAAAAUAGCUGGUUACAGACCGGUGGAACUGAAUGCUUCAGACGAGCGCAGUACUGAGGCGUUCCGCAACGCCCUGCAGAGUGCCACGCUCAUGAGGUCCGUUCUCGACGCCGAGAAACGACCUAACUGCUUAAUAUUAGAUGAAAUAGAUGGCGCUCCGCUUCCUACAGUGGAGCUUCUGGUACGCUGGUGCACGGCCACCGCGACUGAAGGGAAGAAGAAAGCCAAGCAACAACCCUUGAAGAGGCCUGUCAUAGCUAUAUGCAAUGAUCUGUAUGCUAGCUCACUAAGGCCCUUGAGGCCAGUGGCGCUAGUGGUACACGUGGGCGGGGUAUCACUGAGCCGGCUGUCAGCGCGGCUGGCGGGUGUCUGCGCGCGCGAGGGCCUGCGCGCGGCGCCGGCCGCGCUGGGGGCGCUGGCCGCGCGCGCCGGGGGCGACGUCCGCGCCGCCAUACAGGUGCUCAGCUUCAUCAAGGCUAAGGCCAAAGCACAGCUGAGUAUGCAAGACGUAGAGAACGUAGCCAUCGGCACGAAGGACUGCAACAAGAAUAUGAUGCAGGCGCUGCAGAGCAUUUUCACGACCAACGACAAAGAGCCGGAUGCCAUACUCAAGACCAUACAGGCUGCUGGUGAAUAUGACAGGCUAAUAGACGGUAUAUUCGAGAACUACCUAUCAGCUCGUGUAGACGGGCGGCUCCUCCUGGCGUCGGAGACACUAUCCUGGCUGCAACACUAUGACAUACUGUCGACGUGGACGUUACGUCACCAGAACUACUCGCUAUACGGGGCCUUGCCGCUCUGUAUCGCGCGCUGCCAUUCUUUGCUCGCGACCAGAACACCGCAGAGGGUUAAGUUCCCUUUGCAAGCUCAGGAGAUGUACCGUAAAAAGGUAGAGAUCGAGAGUAUAGUAUCGUCCGUCCUCCGCGGCAGCGAGCCCUCAGUCAGCGUGGGCAGGCUGGCGCUAGUACUCGAUGUACUACCGCUACUGCCAUAUCUACUUGCUCCUAAGCUCAGGACUGCUAACGUACAGCUGUGCAGCGUGGAGGAGCGCGCGUCGCUGCGUGCGUGUGCGCGUGCGCAGUGCGGGCUGGGCCUGCGGUACGUGGCGGCGCGCGGGCCUGACGGGCUCUAUGUACACAAGUUGGAACCCGACAUCUACAGGGCUGCAUUCUUCGGUACCGAAGAGAAGGUGCGACUCACACCGGCCAUCAAGCAGGCGAUAGCGCGCGAACAACAACUCGAAAUGAUCAGGCGGAGCGAGGAAAUGGCGAAUCGAGUACCAGCGAGAACCAACGCAACGAGUACUCCAGCUAAGAAGUCGAAUAGUGACUCAGCCGCUAGUGAACCAUCGACAAGCAAAGACAAGGAGGUUCCCUUACCCAACCAUUUGCAAAGGUUACAGCCUAAAGUCGUUAGAAAGAAUACUCCUCAGGUACAUAAAGACUUCUUCGGCCGUAUCGUCCCUCUAUCACAAGUUCAAAGAAAUGAUCCAGUGGCCGACGUGAUAUCAUCAAGCAGCGUGUUCUACCACUACCAAGAAGGAUUUAAUAACGCCGUCAGAAGAAACGUUCGUGUUCGAGACCUAUUGUAGUAUUUUUUAUAAGUGAACGUAAAGUUUCUCUCAAAGAAGGUUAUAUUAAUACUUUU